UUUGCGAUAAGGUCUAUGUGUAUGAUGGUUUAUUGGAGUCACAAGUCUGGUUAGAGCGCCAUUUCUGCAGACAAUUCAAUUUCGCAAACAUACAAAUUUCCGUGUCCCCUUUUUAUAGGACAAUGUUACAUUGGAACCGGCUUUUACGAAUUGCAAUUUGCACUUCAAUCCUCUGCUUCAUUUCAACCUCUUUGUUGAAUCUGAAAUAUGUACGUACGUGCACUAACCCAUCAACGAAUGAACAUGACAAAGCAAUUCGGAAAACUCCGCCAGGCUUCUAUAAACACGGAACAAGUAACGAAACAGCCAACAUUGAUAAUGCGGUGUUUGGGAGUAAUAUGACACCAAGAAGGAAUAACUCUGAAUAUGUUAAGUUCCGGUUAAUCCGAAGCCCUACAGAUCACCUGGUGUUCCAUUAUCAUCACAUACUAUCAUCCAUGAAAUGGAAGUUGAAUUCUACCAAUAUGGACAUUUUCAGAAAGGAGCUUUCAAAAGAAACAAGCCUGACGGGGCAGGAAGAUUUUAUUCUAACACAACGCAACACGAGAGAUGGGGACCGUAUUCCUUAUUUUUUCACCGCUACCAACACAAAGACUCCCAUAGUUUACUACAAUGUUACAAAGGAGUUCCUCGCUAGGGACGUUCCUAAGGUUUCUCCUCUUUCGGGUCGAAUGUUCCCCAGAUGCAGUGUGGUUGGUAAUAGUGGAAUUCUCUCUAACAGUAAAUGCGGACACGAUAUCGAUCAAGCAGAUUACGUCAUCAGGUCCAAUGUACCACAAAUACGCCCUCAUACGGUGGAUGCUGGACGGAAGUCUAAUUUUACAACAAUGAAUCCUAGUAUUGCUACACGAAGAUUUAACAAGCUGAAAAACAAGAAAGAUACUGUUGCUCUUGCAAAGAUCGUUCAGGAAUACUACGGUAUCCUGUGGUUGCCAUGUCUCACAGCUACUAGUUCAACUGACGUAUGUCUGAAGGUAAAACACACCCUGGAAUUGGAAAAUGUCCGAAACCUCACGGCAGCCGUCGCAGAUCCACGCCAUUUUCUAGCCAUAUACAACUUCUGGAAACAGAGAAACUUUACACGGCCUCUUUCGACAGGUUUCUACAUGACUCACUUGGCACUGGCGAUGUGCGAAGAGACACACCUCUACGGCUUCUGGCCCUUCCCAUACAGGGUGCCAGACAGAGUGACAGACACUGGUACAAACACAUUGAGGAAAGUCAAGUAUCAUUACUUCGACAACGUCGGCUUCAGUUCUUUUCAUUCAAUGAACGAUGAGUUUGCUGUACUUCUUCAAAUGCACGUUAUGGGAAUCCUCAAUUUGCACACCACAGAAUGUGGUGUCUGACAACUAUUAUUUAGUUAUUAUAUUACAUGAUUGUUGAUUCAGAGUCAGCCUUUAACUGGUUUCCAUUGCCAUGUACAUUGCUACUUUUUAAGAAUUACUUUAAGUUUUAAGAAUUAACAGUAACUCCAAACGAUUCCUUCAGUUUUUUUAGUGACUAUGAUUUUCCAAUGAAAAUUAAGGAUUAUUACUACAAUGUACACAAACACGUUCUUUUAACUGUCUAUCUUAUGCCGAUUGAGACUGAUUUAAAUCAAGACAAGAAAACAACAACUUGAUGUUUGAAGUUUAAAAUCAGUAAUAUUUCCGAAAGAGUUUUUGUUAUAAUGCAGUAAAUUAUGAAUGACAUGAUUUAUUUGUGUCUUCAAACACUGCUACAGGUUACCCAUGGUUUUAUCAAUCAUUCGAUCAUUCCUACUAACCACCUUUUAAUUUUUUGUUUUAGCUGCUUGUGUUAUAUAUUGCUCAAAUGUUGGGUGACAUGACCUUUGAAUUCCGCAUUCCGAUUUAAAGACACUGGACACUAUUGGUAAAUGUCAAAGACCAGUCUUCUCACUUUUCAACAUGUGCAUAACCACAAC